UGGAAAUUUUUUUCAUAAAAAACAGAAUGCGAAUGCAAGAAACUGACCUUAAAUUUUGUAAAUAAAGAAAUAAAAGUGUAUAUCGUUAUUGAUUACGUGAUUACAGUGUAAAGUAAAUUAUUUUAAAUGAUUUAUUGACACGAAUUUCGCGUAAAUGUUCAGUAUAUGCAGUAGACAAAUUCAUGUGCAAGUUGUAGUGCUGAAGAAAAUCUAAUAAAAAUUCAUAAUUUAUACAUUUUAAGCCAAUGUUUUGUUGAGCUUCAAGUUGUGAAAUAGUAUGAGUUUGAAACCAGAUGCAAAAAUUAUUUUUAAUGCUGCUAGGGAUGGGAAACUAUAUCGAUUACGGGCAUUAUUACAACAUCUCUGUGUUGAAGAAAUGCAAACGAUAGUCAAUACAAAAACUGGCGGCGCUACACCUUUGGUAAUGGCUUGUCGAAAUGGUCAUCUUGAAAUAGCUAAAUUUUUAGUUAAUCGAUGCAAAGCUGAUAUUGAAUUGACUGGUUCUGUUUUAUUUGACGGUGAAACAAUUGAAGGAGCUCCGCCUUUAUGGUGUGCUGCAGCAGCUGGACAUUACAGCAUUGUACAAUUUUUAGUUUUCGAGGGAGCCAAUGUUAACUCUACCACUCAUACAAAUUCAACUCCUCUUAGAGCGGCUUGUUUCGAUGGGCAUUAUAACAUUGUGUUAUUUUUAGUUCGAAGAGGAGCUGAUAUAGAAGUUUCAAAUAGACAUGGACAUACGUGCCUGAUGAUUGCUUGCUACAAAGGUCAUUUCCACAUCGCCAAAUACUUGUUGUCUUUGCACGCUGAUGUAAAUAGAAAAAGUGUCAAAGGAAACACCGCAUUACACGACUGUGCCGAAUCAGGAAAUUUAGAUAUUUUGAAAUUAUUAAUUGAUAAUGGCGCCCAAAUGGACGUAGACGCGUAUGGAAUGACUCCCUUAUUAGCGGCUAGUGUAACAGGUCAUACGGCAAUAGUAGAGUAUAUAAUUGAUACAUUAGGCACAGCUACUAGACAGGAAGUAAUAAACGCUUUAGAACUUUUAGGAGCUACUUAUGUGGACAAGGGAAGAAAUAUGCACGUAGCGUACGAAUUGUGGAGAAAAGCAAUGGUCAUGAGAUACGAUCCAACUCAUUCUUUGAUUCCUAAACCAGUGCAAACGACGCCUGUCGAGGCUUACGAAUACGCCAAAGAAGUACAAACGUUAGAAGAAUUACAAGAAUUAGUCAGCGAUCCAGAUGCUAUGCGUGUACAAGCUUUAUUAAUCAGGGAACGUGUACUCGGCCCCGCGCAUCCUGAUACUUCCUAUUAUAUUCGUUUUCGCGGCGCUGUGUACGCUGACGCCGGCAGAUUUUCUAGGUGUAUUUCGUUGUGGAACUACGCGUUAGAUAUGCAACAAAAUAUCUUGGAACCGCUGAAUCCGCUAACUCAAAGUUCUUUAGUUUCAUUCGCCGAAUUAUUUUCAUUAAUGAUGGACGCGGACUCGUACAAUAAUAGUUCCGUUAGUCGUAAAAUCCCUACCAUUAAUUUUGCCGAUAUAAUGAUGGUUUUAAAAAAAUGUAUUUACGAAGUAUCGUCAGGCGCGAGCAUCAAAGAUAAGCCAUGUUUCGACGAAACGCAUUUUCAAAGAGUAUUGAUAAUUUCACUGCAUAUAUGUUGCGUUUUAGCCAAAUUAUUACCAUUGUUGAGCGCAGAGCAAAGACACGAAGCGCAUUCGUUAGUUUAUUCAUUGGUUUCAUUAAGAAUUAGGGGUAAAAAUAAUCGAACGUUUUUACAUUACGUUUGCACUAGUAAUACUGGCGUUGUAGUAAAAUACAGUGCUUGCCAAUUUCCUUGUGCCGCGUUGGUAAAAAUGUUAUGUCACACGGGCGCCGAUGUCAAUGCUAAAGAUGACGAUGGUAAUACUCCUUUACAUUUAGUAGCAUUAUCGCCAGUUUACAAGGUGGACGUAGCUCAUGUGCUUUUAGAACACGGCGCUCAUUUAGAUGCAGUUAAUGAAAGCGGCUUAGCGUUUAAGGAUCUCUUACCCGAUAAAUUACACACGGUUGUUAAUGAAGUUAACCAUACCACGUUAGCUUGCUUAGCAGCGAGAGUCGUUCGCAAAAACUCGAUUCCGUUUGAACGUGUAGUUCCCAGUGGUUUGCACGCGUUUAUACUCCAGCAUUGAAUGCUCGUGAUGUCGCGAUUUCUACCAAUAUCGUGAAAAUGGAAUCGAAAAAAAUUUUCAUAAAAAACCAAAUAUGUAUAUCUUUAUGAUUCUGUUCUUGUAUUGCAGUGUUUCUAUGUAUAUACGAUUUUCUACCGGUUAUAGCUGAAUAUUUUAAAUAAAUGUGACAUGCAAAACGCA